CAUGGAUUACUUGUGUCCUUCCCUGGCUCAGUGGUGAAGCAGAGGAUGCAAAUGUACAACUCGCCGUAUCGAGGGCUUUGGGACUGCCUCCAGACGGUGACGCGCACCGAGGGAAUCGGAGCCUUCUACCGCAGCUACAGCACGCAGCUGACCAUGAACGUCCCCUUCCAGGCCGUUCACUUCAUCACCUACGAGCUGAUGCAGGAGCAGCUGAACCCGCACAGACACUACUACCCCGGCAGCCACAUCGUGUCGGGGGCGGCGGCGGGGGCCAUUUCCGCAGCAAUAACCACGCCGCUCGACGUCUGCAAGACUCUGCUCAACACGCAGGAGAACGUGGCGCUCAACUCGGUGAACAUCAGCGGACACUUGUCGGGCAUGGCCAACGCCUUCAGGACCGUGUACCGGCUCGGCGGUUUGCCGGCUUUCUUCAAAGGGGCCCAAGCCCGCGUGAUAUACCAGAUGCCCUCCACCGCCAUCGCGUGGUCGGUGUACGAGUUCUUCAAGUACUUCCUCACCAAGCAGCAGCAGCUGCAACAGGAGGCCAGACGGAUGUAAAUGGAAAGGGUGUUUGGGGAAAACUAACUACACCUUUUGACUGGAACUGACGGAGGAAGACUCAAACCUGACUCUGUUUUUUUUAGUUAUUGUCUCACAGGGAAGUCGUCUUUGUAAAGGAGUGACUCCUUAUUGUUCAUUUACCGAAAUCUGUGUGGGUAAUCACGGUAAGUAAUGUUGCACAACCAGGAUAUGCAACAACAGAGAUGACUAAUCUUUAAAAGGACAGAGAGUUGUUGUCUGCUUCCUCCUCCGCUCCACAAACACAACUCCCUCUUCUACACGUGGAGAGCCUAUGAUGAAGUUGGCAUGAACGAUGCUUAGCGCUCUAAAUAUAGGAUAUUUUUUAUUUAUUUUGUUAGCUUCCGGAGCUUGUAUUUUACGGAUGUGGAAGAAACACAAUGGCCUUUGUUUUUAUUUCAUUGUGUAUAUUUAUGAAAAACCUCACAUUAUAACCAAUUCCUCUUUUGGCUCCGCGGCGAACGCAACACUUCAGCUUUCCAAGUACCUCGUAAAUAUUUAAUGCUGCUUUUAGCUUUUUGGUUUCUUCUCCCGUUUGCCCUUUGGUUUGUGU